UUGUAUCAGUUUAGUCAGUCAGAAGCAGCAGGCUCGGCUGUUGUGUUUCGAUCACUAUAAUGGACUCCAAUUGUUUACUUUUACCUAUGAACAUUGAAGGAAUAAAAUCUUUUGGACACUGAGGUUUGUUGUUGAUUGGUGGCCCCUGCGUGGGGUUAAUCUGGAGCCAUGAGCACGGGCCGUCAGAUCCGUCUGCUGCUCUGGAAGAACUGGACACUCCGCAAGAGACAAAAGAUUCGCUUUUUUGUUGAGAUUUUGUGGCCUGUGUUUUUAUUCAUUGGACUUGUCUGGCUGCGAAGAGCCAAUCCCCUGUACCGCCAGCAUGAAUGUCAUUUUCCCAGCAAGGCUAUGCCCUCAGCAGGAAUCCUGCCUUGGAUCCAAGGGAUUUUCUGCAACGCUAAUAACCCGUGUUUUCGCCAUCAAACUCGAGGAGAAUCGCCUGGGGUCGUUUCCAACUACCACAACUCCAUACUGGCUCGGUUUUACCUGGACUCUCAAGAGCUGCUGUUUAACGACACUGAGUUCCUUCAGCUCGGCCGUCUGUGGCGUGAAGCCUCCAUCAUGAGCAACUUCAUGGAGACUCUACGCACCAGUCCUGAGCGUGUGGCAGGUAAAGGGCUGAAGGUGGAGGACAUACUGAAAGACGAUGAGACUUUAACAGCAUUCCUACUGCGAGACGCGAGGCUUUCAGAAGGUGUUGUGCACGAUCUCACUAAUGCACAGAUUCGGGUGGAGCAGUUUGCGUAUGGAGUCCCAGACCUGACACUGAAGGAGAUUGCCUGCAGUCAGGCUCUUCUGGAGCAGUUUCUUAUUUUCCCCAGUCGUGGAGGGAUGUAUGGAGUCCAAAAUGCCAUGUGUGCGCUUUCACAACACAGGCUGCAGAGGAUCGAAGAUGUGCUCUACGCCAACAUAGACUUCUUCAAGCUCUUCCGACUGAUGCCCAUGGUCUUGGACAGCCACUCCACUGGGAUAGACCUGCAGUUCUGGGGUCGAGUGUUGUCAGCAGUGUCCGACAAGCUUCAGGAGCUUGCAGAUCGGCCCAGCGCCCAGGACUUGAUGCAGGUCUUGUACUCCAUCUUUCAGCCCGGUGGUCCCUCUUCCUUCAGUCAGCUGAUUUCCAAGGUGUCUGAUCUGUUUUGUGGAUACCCUGAGGGUGAGGGUACCCGCGUCUUCUCCUUUAACUGGUACGAGGACAACAACUAUAAAGCUUUCCUUGGCAUCAACAAUUCCAGGGGACACGACAGCUACAUCUAUGACAAAACAGCAACUCCAUUCUGUAAUGCAUUAAUGCAGAACCUGGAGUCAAACCCUAUUACCAAAAUUGUGUGGAACUCAGUGAAGCCUCUUGUGAUGGGGAAGAUCCUGUACACUCCAGACUCUCCGGCUGUCAGAAAAAUAAUAAAGAGUGCCAACACCACUUUUGAGGAGCUUGAGAGGUUGCAGAAAAUAGGGAAGGUCUGGGAAGAGCUGGGACCACAGCUCUGGGAUUUCUUUCAAAACAGCAUCCAAAUGAACAUGAUACGGGACACACUUAGGAACCCCACAGUGAUGGACUUUUUGGACAGGCGUCUUAGAGAAACAGAGUUCUCCACCAAAGACAUCCUCAACUUCCUGCACAAUGGCCCAGAGGGGGAGAGAUUCAUGAACAUGACAAGCUUUGACUGGAGUGAUGUCUUCAGAUUGGCUGACCAGGCUAUUCGGAUGUUUAACCGCUACAGUGAGUGUAUAAGUCUGGAUAAGUUUGUGGGUCACAUGGAUGAGAAUCUGAUGACCCAUCAAGCUCUGCACCUGCUAGGGGAGAAUAAGUUCUGGGCCGGUCUGGUUUUCAUGGACAUGUACCCCUGGACCAUAGAACUACCCCGACAUGUCAAGUUCAAGAUCCGAAUGGACAUUGAUGCAGUGGAACGUACCAACAAAAUCAAAGACAGAUACUGGGACCCUGGCCCACGGGCAGACCCUGUGGAGGACCAUCGCUAUAUCUGGGGAGGUUUUGCCUACCUGCAGGACUUGAUUGAACACGGGAUCCUUAAAUUACACACAGGUCAUGACUGGCCCUUAGGUGUUUACCUGCAGCAGAUGCCCUACCCCUGCUACGUGGAUGACAUGUUCAUGCUGACCCUAAACCGCUGUUUCCCCAUCUUCAUGGUGCUGGCCUGGAUCUACUCAGUGUCCAUGGUUGUGAAGAGCAUUGUCCUGGAGAAGGAGAUGAGGCUGAAGGAGACUCUGAAGGCCAUGGGCGUCUCUAAUGGAGUCAUCUGGUACACAUGGUUCAUUGACAGUUUCAUUAUGAUGACCGCCAGCACUGCUCUGCUGACUGGCAUUGUCAUGGCUGGAAAAGUGCUCAAUUACAGCAAUCCGAUCAUUCUGUUCCUGUUCCUCCUCACAUUCACCGUGGCCACUAUCAUGCAGUGCUUUCUGAUGAGUGUUUUCUUCAAUAAGGCCAACUUGGCUGCUGCUUGUAGCGGCAUUAUUUACUUCACCCUUUACCUCCCUCACAUCUUCUGCUUCGCCUGGCAGGAUCGCAUUACCAAGGACAUGAAGUUAGCUGUGAGCCUUCUGUCUCCAGUGGCCUUUGGGUUUGGGACAGAGUAUCUAUCCCGCUAUGAGGAGCAAGGCCUGGGUCUGCAGUGGGACAAUAUUGGCACAAGUCCUCUAGAGGGGGACGAGUACUCCUUCUUCACUUCCAUUCGCAUGAUGCUACUGGAUGCAGUUCUUUAUGGUGUUUUGGCUUGGUAUCUUGACAACGUCUUUCCAGGUCAGUAUGGUAUUGGUCGGCCAUUUUAUUUCCCCCUGCAGUCCUCGUACUGGCUGAAGCCAUCACCACCCUCAGAGACUUCAAAUGCUGUCCCAGAAAAGCCUUUGGAAAAUCAUGUGGAGAAGCAGGAGGAUGUGGAGUAUGGUGGUCUUUCACCAGAGCACAGGGAGUGCAACGGAUCCCGCAACAGCAAACACUGCAAACACAAGGAGAAACGAGAGAGGAUGGAGAAAGAGAGAGAGCGAGAGGAGCAGUUGAAAAUGCAGGAGGAGAUUCAGCAGGAGGAGAUCCAGCAGUGGUACUGUGAAAAUCCAUUCUUUGAGCCUGAGCCGGAGAGUCUGUUAAUAGGAGUGUCAGUACAGGAUUUGGUGAAGAUGUAUAAUCGAUAUUCCAGACCUGCUGUGGACUGUCUCAAUAUGAACUUCUAUGAGAGCCAGAUCACUUCUUUCCUGGGUCACAAUGGGGCAGGAAAGACCACCACCUUGUCCAUUCUGACUGGGCUAUUUCCACCCACCUCUGGAACAGCUUACAUUUAUGGAAGAGACAUUCGUACAGAGAUGGACGCCAUACGACAGUCACUGGGCAUGUGUCCACAGCACAACAUCCUCUUCAAACAUCUGACGGUGGAGGAGCAUAUUCUCUUCUACUCUCUGAUGAAGGGCCGUGAACACAAGGAGGCCGAGCAGGAGGUCGAGAACAUGCUGGAGGACUUGGGGCUGCCUCAUAAACGGGAUGAGGAAGCACAGAACCUCUCCGGUGGUAUGCAGAGGAAGCUGUCAGUGGCGAUGGCUUUCGUUGGAGGCUCUAGGGUGGUGAUACUGGAUGAGCCGACCUCAGGUGUAGAUCCUUACUCCAGACGCUCCAUUUGGGACCUGCUCCUCAAAUACCGCACAGGACGCACAGUGAUACUGUCCACUCAUCACAUGGACGAGGCAGACCUGUUGAGUGACAGGGUGGCCAUCAUCUCUAAAGGCAAACUGCACUGCAGUGGUUCUCCUCUAUUUCUGAAGAACUGCUUCGGUGUCGGUUUCUACCUCACCCUGGUGAGACGCAUGAAAGACCAGCGCAAGAAGGAGAAUGAGUGUGACUGUGCAUCUGAAUGUUCCUGCACCUGCUCCACCUGCACUAGAUAUAAAGAGGAGAGUCAGGCUCUACAGCCCGAGAGAGUACUGGAUGGGAACGUUGAAAGCAUCACUACUCUGAUUCAUCACCAUGUACCGGAAGCGAAGCUGAUUGAAAUGAUCGGUCAGGAGAUGACCUAUCUGCUGCCAAAUAAAGGCUUUAAAUAUCGAGCGUACGCCAGCCUUUUUCGAGAACUGGAGGAAACGCUGGGUGACAUGGGCCUCAGUAGCUUUGGCAUAUCGGACACAUCACUGGAAGAGAUCUUUCUGAAAGUUACAGCAGAUGGAGAGGCAGCCAACAGCUCUGUCACACCAGAGCAAUGGAUGCUACAACAGAGGAAAAAUGGCAAUGGUUUCAUGAAAGACACAGGUCUUGCUGAAGAUGCUAACGGUGUGGGAGCCUCACUGGAGUCUGACAGCAGUGAAGGUAGAGCCUCCAGACAGGUUAAGGGCUUUAGUUUGGUCCUUAAGCAGUUCCACGCUCUUCUAGUCAAGAGGUUUCAUCACGCCACACGCAGCCACAAAGACUUCCUAGCACAGAUUGUUUUGCCAGCCAGUUUUGUCCUCAUUGCUCUGGUCUUCACUAUGAUUGUGCCACCAUUCGGGGAGUACCCCUGUCUGACCCUCACACCAUGGAUGUAUGGACCACAGUUUACCUUCAUCAGUAAUGAGCAACCGUCACAUCCAAAGAUGAAGCACUUCAUUCAGACGCUGCUGAAGGACCCUGGCAUGGGAACCCGCUGUAUGGCCAAUCAGCCCUUAGAGAACAUCUUUACCUGCUUAAACUCAAGCUCAGAUUGGGAAGUUCCUCCAGUGUCUCCUGAGGUCAGCAACAUCUUAUCAAGUCCUGAAUGGGAUAGCAGAAACCCAUCCCCAUCCUGUGAAUGCAGCACUGAUUUGAAGCUCACUAUGCUGCCAAUGUGUCCUGCUGGAGCUGGAGGACUGCCACCACGCCAGAGAAAAGAGCCAACAGGGGACAUUUUGCUCGACAUGACAAACAGAAAUAUCUCUGACUACUUGGUAAAGACUUACACAAAGCUCAUCAAGACCAGCUUGAAGAGCAAAUAUUGGGUGAAUGAGCAAAGGUAUGGUGGAAUCUCUGUUGGUGGAAGACUGCCGAUUCUUGAUGUGGACCCCGAGGAGAUCCAAAACAUUUUCUCUCAGCUUGGAAGAAUGAUGAAUAUCAGAGGGGGUCGCUAUUCAAAGUCAGCCAUGGAUGAAUUAGAAACUUUCCUGCACUACAUGGAGAGCGAGUACAAUGUUAAGGUGUGGUAUAAUAACAAAGGCUGGCAUGCCAUGGCCUCCUUCCUGAACGUAGCAAACAAUGCCAUUCUCCGUGCAUAUCUGCCACCUCAUGCCAACCCAUCAGACUACGGAAUUACUGCCAUCAAUCAUCCUCUCAACCUCACCAAAGAGCAGCUCUCAGAGGUCACUGUUCUCACCACAUCAGUGGAUGCAGUGGUGGCCAUCUGCGUCAUAUUUGCCAUGUCCUUCAUCCCAGCCAGCUUCGUCCUCUACCUCAUUCAGGAACGAGUCACCAAGGCCAAACAUCUGCAGUUUGUCAGUGGAGUCAGUCCUUUGGUCUACUGGUUUGCCAACUUUUUCUGGGAUAUGUUGAACUACUCGGUCAGCACAGCAAUGGUUGUGGCCAUUUUUGUGGGAUUUGAUAAGAAGUGCUAUACAUCACCCACCAAUCUACCAGCGCUGAUCGCUCUGCUUUGUCUCUAUGGGUGGUCAGUGACACCCAUGAUGUACCCGCUAUCCUACAUGUUCAAUGUCCCCAGUACGGCAUACGUGUCCCUCUCAUGCAUCAACCUAUUCAUCGGUAUCAACAGUAGCGCCAUCACCUUCAUCUUAGAGCUAUUUGAGAACAACAGGUCUCUGCUGAUGUUUAAUGAGGUGUUGAAGAAGGUGUUACUGGUGUUUCCUCACUUCUGUCUUGGCCGAGGUCUCAUUGAUAUGGCCAUGAACCAGGCUGUGACUGACGUUUAUGCUCGAUUUGGAGAGGAGUUUUCCAUGGAUCCGUUCAGAUGGAACUUUGUGGGGAAGAAUCUCUUCUGUAUGGCUGUGGAGGGUUUUGUCUAUUUCAUUUUUAACCUCCUCAUCCAGUACAAAUUUUUCCUUCAUCACUGGAUAUCAGACUAUGGGAUGAGCCUAGGUACAGAUGAAGAUGAUGAUGUAGCUCAGGAGAGAGAGCGCAUUUACAAAGGGGGGAAUAAAAAUGACAUCCUUCUAAUCCGAGACUUGUCAAAAACCUACAGGCGCAGAAAACGACCAGCAGUGGACAAAAUCUGUGUAGGAGUUCCAGCGGGGGAGUGCUUUGGGCUUCUUGGUGUAAAUGGUGCAGGUAAAACCACAACUUUCAAAAUGCUGACUGGAGACACAGAUGUGACAUCAGGAGAGUUGUCUGUAGCAGGAUACAGCAUUCUUUCCAACAUCCUGGAUGUGCACCAGAACAUGGGCUAUUGUCCUCAGUUUGAUGCCAUAGAUGAGUUGCUGACGGGUAGGGAACACCUGUACCUUUAUGCUCGCCUUCGUGGGAUCCCUGAGUCUGAGAUUAGCAGAGUGGCAGAGUGGGGCAUUCAGAAGCUGGGUCUUUCUGAAUAUGCAGGAAACUGUGCUGGUACCUACAGCGGGGGCAACAAAAGGAAGCUGUCUACUGCUAUAGCGAUGAUUGGAUGUCCUCCUCUGGUGCUCCUGGAUGAGCCCACAACAGGAAUGGACCCUCAUUCCCGUCGCUUCCUGUGGACUGCCAUUCUGAGCAUCAUCCGGGAUGGGAGGGCGGUCGUUUUGACCUCUCACAGUAUGGAAGAGUGUGAAGCUCUCUGUACUCGCUUGGCCAUCAUGGUCAAUGGGACAUUUAAGUGUCUGGGCACAAUACAGCAUCUGAAAUACAAGUUUGGAGGAGGCUAUGUAGUGACAAUGAAGAUCAAAGCCGCAAAACCAGGCCUUUCUCCAGACCUGGUCCCGGCAGAGUCCUUCAUGGACAGCAGUUUCCCAGGAUGCAUCCAGCGAGAGAAACACUACAACACGUUACAGUAUGAAAUCGCAGCUGCCUCGCUAGCACGGGUCUUCCAGCUAGUGUUGACCAACAAAGAAAGACUGAACAUAGAGGAUUACUCUGUGUCGCAGACUACAUUAGACCAGGUGUUUGUGAAUUUUGCCAAGCAGCAGUCAGGAGAAGACGACACCGCCCCAUCACAUCUCAGACAGUCAGGGCCCAAACGAGAAAAAAAGGUCUCGCCGCUACAAAGAGUCGCAACAAAAAACAGAUGAAAUGACCUUCAUAAGGACUAUGAUACAAUCACUCAUGGCUGAGCGUACAUUACAUCAUGUUAUGAAGUUUUCUAAAGCCUUUUUGUAUGUGUAUUUCAACACAAAACUAACUGCAUCUAUUUGAAGCUUUUUUUAUUAUACAUUGUUACAUUUUUGAACAUCUGCCAUCAGUUUAUAGCACUGAGCCAAAGGUCAGUCUCCACCCACUUUAGCACUGAUGAAUUGACAAAUUGAAAUCGAAAUAGAUGUACAGAAAUCUAGGAUUUCUUUUUUUUUUUGCACGCAACACUAGCUUUUUAGGCUUCCUUACAAUUCAAUAAAAACAUAUCUUUAUACAAUUAUAAA